UGAGGCCAGUGCUGCAGGAAAAGCCGGGGGAGACGGCGCCGAGAUUGAGGGUGAGGAGAGGAAAACAGUUAUAAAGAAAAAAAAAAAAGGGCAAACAUGGACAAGGACAAUUGCUUCCGUUUACUUAUAACACCAUCCUCAAAAGAUGAAUUGAGCUAUUCCUGUGAAUAGAAGUCGGGUAAAUGGGCGAGCAGUUUCUUAGAUAGACGUAGCCUACUGUAGGCUAUGCUUGCUUGGCAAACUGAAGAUAAUGUCAGGGAAUGGAUGAAAAUCCCCUAACUAGUUUACUGCAGUUGCCUGGCUGGAAUUCUCUUCUCGUAUUGAGAAUAUCGGACACAUGGGAAAAAAACGGUUAGCUUGUAACGGUGGGAAGGAGCCAUAACACAUCUGGGUGUGAGGGAUUCUAACGGUGUCCAGUCGGUCUUCGUUUCGGUAACGCAUUCGAAGUUUGAACAGAAAGAUACAUUUUGCUGCAUCGAAUUCCUUUGGACGGGAUGUCAUCUGCCGCCGACAGAGUUCCACGAGUUAACUGACCAUCUGCCUCUCGGUAACGGAGGCCGAGCGAGCCAGGCGUGAAGAUGGGUGAUGCGGCACAUACCAAGGGGUUGAGACGAACCUUUAUCGUCCCAUCGAUCAAGGCUUUUGACCACUAUGAUUUCACAAGGGCCAAAAUAUCCUGUAGCUUCACAUGGCUUGUGGCCAAAGCCUUCGGCUCAGAUGCGGUCCCUGAGGAGCUGGCUGACCCCUUCUACAGGGACCAGUACAGCCAGGAGCAUGUGAAGCCCCCUGUGGUGUGCCUGCUGCUGUCUGCAGAGCUGUACUGCCGGGCGGGGAGCCUCAUCCUCCGCAGCGACGCUGUCAAACCUCUGCUGGGACACAACGCCGUCAUCCAGGCCCUGGCACAGAAGGGACUGUACGUCACUGACCAGGACCGCUUGGUCACAGAGAGGGACCUGACCAGUACGCCUAUACGCAUGAGUUCCCACCUGGCCCUGAUAGACACUCUGAUGUUGGCGUACACGGUGGAGAUGGUGAGUGUGGAUCGGGUGAUGGCGUGCGUCCACAGAUACUCCUCCCCUCCCAAUGACACCUCCUCUCACCCCGACGGACACAUCAGAGAUCUGCCCUACGACACUGAGGACGCAGUCACCACCUGGAUCAACAAGGUGAAUGAGCACCUCAGGGAGAUUCUGGUGGAGGAGCAGAGGUUGAGAGAGAGCUCUUGCCUUGAGACCACAGCUACUGGAUCACAUAGGGCCCGCUGCAGGAGGGAGCAUGCCCAGCAGAGGUCAGCUCCAUCACUCCCCCUGGUGGACAAUCUGCUAAAGGACAACACAGACGGCUGUGCCCUGUCCGUACUCCUCCACUUCUACUGCACAACGUCUGUCAGACUGGAAGAUAUCUGUCUGAAGGAGACCAUGUCGCUGGCUGACAGUCUGUACAACUUGCAGCUGGUGCAGGAGUUCUGCAGGGACAACCUCAACCACUGCUGCCACUUCUCCCUGGAGGACAUGCUCUAUGCCCACUCCUCCAUCAAGAGUAAUUACCUGGUGUUUAUGGCAGAGCUGUUCUGGUGGUUUGAAGUGGUGAAGCCUUCGUUUGUACAGCCCAGAGUCUUUGACCCACAAGCCUGUGAUCCUGCCCAUUCAUCCAGGACUAUGGGUGCUAUGUGUAGCCCAGCCAAACAGGACUUUGGGGACAGACCUGACAGCCCAGAAGACAACAGGCUUCAACCAGACUCUGCUUCAGGUGUGAUAAAGAGGUCGGCGUCCAUGUCCUAUGUGGACGGCUGUGUGGGGACGUGGCCUAAGGACAGACGGCCUCGGGGCAUUUCCUUUGAGAUUCCUCUGGAAGGGGACCCUAGCGCCCCUCCCUGUCGGGGUCCUUCCCUCCGAGGCAUGACCCGCUCUGCCAGCACAGAGGGCCUGGGGGAGUUCAAAGUUCACCACGCACCUCGGGGGGGCAUGAGGCGCCAACUCCCCUUUCAGCCGGUCAGCGUUAACAGUCAGGGUUGCAGCGCCGGACACAUACCUGAGGAGGACUACGACAGGGACUCACUAAACUACAACUCCCAUAAAGCACUGGGGCGCGGGCAGACUCAGCCACACAGGAACCAGAGCAGAUAUUCCAAUGGCGUUCUCCCAGAGAACGGCAAUGGCGGCAGCAGCCCCGUCAGCCUGUCGACCCCGCCGAGCAUCGAGGAGGCCCUGAAAAUCAUCCAUGACACAGAGAGGCCCCACGGCAGCCUGGGGCCCGGGGCCAACGGCUUCUUCCUCCAUGAUGGAGCCGAACCUCCAGACCCAGGGGACGACCCUGACGACUACCCAGGAUCGGCUAAGGCCCGGGCAGAUGAGGCCGACCCCAACUCCGCCUCUACGGAUGAGGUGGACACAGGGAUCCACGUGAGGACGGAGGACAUCCAGGAGAGUUUGGAUGAGGACAACUCUUCUCUCAGGGACUACUCUGAUAUAGACCCUGACUAUGAGGCUAUGACCCGAUCCUGUCCCCUACCAGAGGGGGAUGGAGAGAGGGGGGUGAGGAACGGAGACAGGAAUGGAGAAAGGGGAGAGAGGAGCAGCCCAUGCCCCAGCCCGGUGCCCCCCGCCCCCCUGUCCCACGUGCCCAGCGGAGGCGUGGUUCGCAUGACCAGCUUCGCCGAGCAGAAGUUUCGUAAGCUUGAGGGGCGGAGCAGUGGAGGGACCACCCCCGAGAGCUCCGAGCUCAAUGUUCCAAACACGCCACCUACACAAACUGCCACGCCUGAGGGCUCAAGCCCAGCCCACCCGGCCCAGAGCCCGGCCACGCCCCCUACCAGAGACCACACCCACCUGCUGUCGUCAGAGAUGGUGCACCUGAAGAUGAAGCUGGAGGAGAAACGCAGAGCCAUCGAGGCCCAGAAAAAGAAGGUGGAGGCAGCGUUCACCCGGCAUCGUCAGAAGAUGGGCCGGACAGCCUUCCUCAACGUGGUGAGACGGAAAGGGGUCACCCCUUCGCCCACCAGCCCCAGGCCCAUCCCUGGGGGCCCAGACCUGGACAAACCCUCCCCGGACCCCCUCCUCACACCGUCAGGCAGUCUGGGCCGGGCAGAGAGGUGCAAGCCCGACGGAGCAGCUCCCAAGUCCCCCUGCGAGGAGGGUGCAGGGUUAGGGGGUGGAGAGGUGGACCUGGCUGAGUACACUAGCUCCAUCGAGAGGCUGAACACGUCCCUGGGGUUCCUGCAGACGGAGAUGCAGCGGCUGGCCCAGCAGCAGGACAGGAUCAUGGCUAUGAGGGAACAGCAACAAGCCUGGGUCAUACCUCCUCCAGCGCCCUCACCACACAGGCAGCUCCGGGAUCUCCGGAGCAACAGUGUAACCGGCCGGGGGUCCGUGGGGUCGCUGUCCCCUAUCCUGUCCUCUGCCGGUGGUUCCCCCCGCGCCCCCCACCGUUCCCCUAGUGGCCUCAAGCGCCGACCAGCCUCCUUCCACGCCAGCACCCCUCACACCUCCCGUACCCCACGCCCCAGCGAGCUCAAGGUAACCCCCUUAAGACGGAUGCUCAACACCCCAACGUCCGUGGACAGUCUGCCCAGGCUACGACGCUUCUCCCCCAGCCAGACCCAGGUCACUUCCUUUGCCUACCUGGGACACGAUGAGGGUCCUGGGGCCACAGAAGGGGGCAAGGAGAGAGGGACCACAGGCGGAGCAGAGGAGCCCCAGAACCAAAAUAAGCACCCUGAGACAGAGACAGAGGUAGCUGCUGCGGGGAUAAGGAGUGCAGGCGCUCAUCCCUCCUCGCCCACUAAAGAGCCAGCCAAAGAGAGAGAGGAGGAGAGGAAGGAGGAGAGGAGAAAUGGAAGAAGGACGGAGAAGUUGGCAGAGGUGCUUUUCCAGCCCAGUAGAGACCUGGUAGAAGUACCAAUGUCCACGCUGAAGCCUCUGGGAGGACAGGGUCUGGAGACGAGUGGAGAGCUGUGCGGAGAGGACCAGAAAAUGUGCUGUGGGUUCUUCUACAAGGACGAUGGGAAGGGAGAGGAGGACAUGGCGGUGAAGAGGGCUGCUCUGCUGGAGAAGAGACAGAGGAGAGAGAAGGAGACGCAGGAGAAGAAACAGCAGCUGGAGCUGGAGCAGGAGCAGAGGAAGGAGGAAGCACGGCUGAAAGGAGAGGAGGAGCAGCAGAAGAGAGAGGAUGAAAAGCAGAGGAAAGAUUACAUAAAGAAUGAGUACAUGAGGAGGAAGCAUUUGAAGCAGGUGGAGGAUAUGGAUGUCAGGCCCCGCCAUGGAAGUCUUAAAAAGAAGCCACGCCCCAAAUCCAUCCACAGGGAUGUCAUGGAGUCACCCAAGCCCCCCGUCAGAGGCACAGGUACUCGACCGCGUGGGUUCUCAAUCUCCAGUAUGUCCCUGGCCUCCCUCAACCUGGCCGACAAUGACAGCAACUUGGGAGAUAAGAGGACCCCCAGACCCCCCAGAAGCAGUAAACUAGGCACUGUGAGAGGCCAUAUCUCUUUCUUUUUAAGCUCUCCCAAAGAGAGAAAGGGAAGGCCAGACUCUGCUAGGCCAGACUCUGUUAGGCCAGACUCUGCUAGGCCAGACUCUGCGGAGGGCAAUCUGUCGUCCUGCCCGUCUCGUAAUGGAGAGAAGGACUGGGAGAACGAGUCCACAACCUCCUCCACUCCCUCCAACCAAGAGUACACAGGCCCAAAGCUGUACAAGGAGCCCAGUGCCAAGUCCAACAAGCAUAUCAUCCAGAAUGCACUGGCCCACUGCUGCCUGGCGGGCAAGGUCAACGAAGAGCAGAAGAACAAGAUAAUAGAUGAAAUGGAGAGGUCGGGGGCCAAUAACUUCCUGGUUCUAUUCCGGGACACGGGUUGCCAGUUCCGCUCGGUGUACUCCUACUGUCCAGAGACGGAGGAGAUCACCAAGCUGGCGGGCAUCGGGCCCAAGAGCAUCACGGCCAAGAUGAUCGAGGGACUGUACAAGUACAACUCGGACAGGAAGCAGUUCAGCCACAUCCCGGCCAAGACCAUGUCGGCUAGUGUAGACGCCAUCACCAUCACCCCCCACCUGUGGCAGACCAAGAAACAGGGCACACCCAAGAAACUGGGUAGUCUCAAGUAGUCACAGCAACAAGCCGUUUUCAUAACAAACCAAGGAUAUUGUUGCUAGGUGUCCUGGGUUAUAGUUGAGGACUGAGGGGAGGCUUUGUGGGUUAUCCGACCACGGAACGGACCCAGGUCUGGGUAUGACCUGGGAUAUUACAGGGUCUGGUUUGGUAUGAACGGUGCUAAUGAGUCCAGCUUUCUAAUGUUCCUUGCCAGUAAGAUAUUCCAUGAACACUUACACUCAGCAUUCAUCUGGGUCUGAUAUCUGAUAUACAGUAUAAUUGAAUGAUUAUGUAGAAGGAUUUUUCUUCUUAAGAGAACACUGCUGAAAUUAUGCACAACUGGAAUGUAGAAGAAAAAAAAACACAAGUCUCAAGGGACAUUGUUGUUGUUAUGCAAGACUGUGUGUGUGGGACCCAGAGUCAUUCUAAUGGAGCACGCGUGUGUGUGUUCGUCAGCAUGCGUGGGUGUCCAUGUUCUCAUGUGCCCAAAAAAGGGGGGGGCUGAUGAAGGCCUUACUGAAUCAGACCACUGAAGCACUGAAUGUCAUCUCUCUCAAAUAGACAGAGUUUGAGGUCUCCCUGUUCAUCAUGUUUGGCCUUAUGCUUGUUUUGUGUGUCAUAUGAAAGUGCAGCGAUUAUGUCAUAUUUAAGCGCCAGUUGUGAUGUUUUUGUGAGUACAGGACGAUUGGCUGUGUGUGAGGCUUGCUUUUCUCUCUGGCUGAAAGAGGAGAGUGAGCAGUUGGGUUUGUGUAAUGUGUAAAUAAGUGCCAAGAUUGAGUGAGGAGAAUACCUCAGAAAUAGGUUGUCGUUACUUUCGAUAAGAACUAGUAAAUCAUUGAUUUAAGUAUCAUCUAGUUUCACGGGAAUGUCAGCAACUGACUUAAUAUAUUUUAUGUUUUUGAUAAGGCUUUGGAAGUCUUUUAAAGGCUUUUUAAAUUUCAUUGACAUAAAUAUAAAUAUAAGUAAAGACUAUAUAACUGUAUAAGUUCAUUUAGUUUGUAUAUAAUACCAAUUCCAUUCAAAAUGAAUGAGUCAAACUAGCGUUUAUCAUUUAAUAUGGACGGAUAUGGGGCCUUUUAUUGUUUAAAAAAUGUACGUGUGUAAUCACUUUUCAAUGUCACUGACAGGACGAUUUCAAGCUUUAGAAUAGCAGCAAGUUUCACAAAUUGUGUCAUGAGCCUGUGCAAUUCAGAGAAAAUAUCUUAUAAAAGUCCUUGUUGGGAUACAGUAUGUGUUUGGACCUCACAGAUAUUCAAAAGCAUUUUACUUUAUUGUGGAUAGUAUCUUAACUGUUGAAUUCCAUUUACACUCAAAGUAGUCCUCAAUACAUGUAUGUGUACAUAUACAAUUGAGAGUAAUUCAUCAAUAGCAAUUCAUGAUGCUUUCCCACUGUAGAUUGCAGUAUUUGUUGUUGUAUAACUGCAUACUUACAUAAUGUAGAUCACAGAAAUAUGAAACAUUCCUACUGGACUUUCACAACAUCUGUUACAUUAUGCUUCAACAUGUUACAUUCCUCUAACCUAUGGAAGGAAACUGGCAUUAUUAUUAUUUUGGAGCAAAGCCGUGUUUAUGCUGUACAUUAUAUACAGUAUUUUGUCAUAAGUGUUUUUCGUAAACCAUUUUCCAUUUUGAGGUUUCAUGUGAGCAGCACAUCUGUCUCAAAAGAAAAUAUGUUUUGUAUGAGUGACGGGCAACAAAUAGAGAGAGAACUGACUGCAAACUGUUUCCUGCUGCAUACUAUUGUCAGUAGUGGAUAAUCAGAUAUGUAUGAGAUGCUAUUCUGUGUUUUUCCCAUUCUAAAUUAGUUUUAUUUUAACCCUGUCAAUAUGAUCAUGUAUUUAUGUUAUUUUUAUAUAUUCCUUUGAACUAUAUUAAAAUGUAAAUUUUCA